CGGUGGUUCAUUGGAAGAAUGGCUUCCUGUUUGAUCUCUCUCCCUGCUCUGUGAGAGAUGAAACCUUACUGCAGUGCUUAGCGCUUUAAUACACAAACUAAACACGCAGAACCGGACAUAGAGGGUUGGAGGGCGGCGCAGCGGUGCCCGAGGGCUCGCCAUGCUGCUGUCUCAGCUCCCAGAGGAUCUUCUCUAUUAUAUCUUAUCUUAUUUGGACUACAGAUCUCUCAGUCGCCUCUCUCAAGUUUGUAGAAGCCUUUACCGCUUUGUAAACCGGGACGCUGUUUGGAAGAAGAUUGCUAAAGAUCUUCUAAACACCGGCAUUACUCGGGAGGGGAAGGACAUAUAUCCUCUCAUACGGCUCAAGGACAGAGUGAAGAUUGCUCAAAACUGGUACAAUGGGAUCUGCAGAAGAAUAAUUCCUCUCAGAUGGAAAACUAAACUGUUACCAUGGUUACAGCUGGACGGGGACACUCUUUUUCUGUCUCAGGCUGCUGAUAUAAAAGUGUACCAUAUCCACAAAGACUCGGGGAGACUCCAGCGUAGUCCAUAUGAAGUCUACUCGGGACACAAGGGUGACGUCUGUCGCUUUGUUGUCACAGAUUCUCUCCUGAUCAGCGGUGGAAGUGAUGGCAAGAUCGUCGUCCACAGCAGGAGAAGUGAUGUGCCGGUGGAGUUUUCAGGUCAUAACCAGGAGGUGAACUGUGUGGAUGCUAAAGACGGACUCAUCAUCAGUGGAUCCAGAGACCGGACAGCCCGGAUUUGGAAUUUGACUUCCACCGCUCCCAGAGGUACAAUUCCCAUGCAUGACAGAGUGUGGUCCGUGGCUAUUAAUCCCACACUGAGUUCCUUCGUAACAGGCACUGCAUGCUGCGAGAACUUCUCCCCUCUCCGCAUCUGGGAUGCUGAACGAUCAAUAUGCUUGUGCGCUCUGGGCUCAGAGUUUCGUCGUGGUGCUGGUGUGUUGGAUAUCAGGUUUGAGUCUCCGUUCCAGCUCUUCACCUGUGGCUAUGAUACCUUUAUUCGACUGUGGGACCUUCGACUCUGCCCAAGGAAGUGUGCAAUGGAGUGGGAGGAGCCUCAUGAUAGCGCGCUGUACUGCAUCCAGACAGAUGGAAAUCACAUGAUAGCCAGCGGUUCCUCAUAUUAUGGUGUUGUACGUCUUUGGGACAAACGGCGGACUGAAUGUCUGCAGUUUUUCCAGUUGAGCUCGGACCCUGUGAGCAGCCCGGUGUACUGCCUGAGGUUCAACAGCUCUCACCUGUAUGCAGCCUUGGCCACUGCUGUGCAUUCGCUGGACUUCAGACAGAAUGGCACCCAGAUUAGAUGAUACACACAGACGCUGCUUUUAGUUUCAUCAUUUCCAUAAAUAUAAUAUCUAUUUUCUCAAUGAAUAUUGCAAAUGUGGAAUAAAAUAAGAUAAA